AUGGACGACGACGACGGGAAGCGGUCGCUCUUCAGUGGUAUGCGCGUGCGGAGUAUGACGCCGACGAAGGCCCCGCGGUCACCCGCACGGAACUUUCGAGACAUGUGGACUGGCGCCCGCAGCGGCGAGGCCAAGCCGCCCAAGGCCAAGCGCCAGUGGUUCUUCGACUCGGAGGCGGCCAAAGAGCCGCUUGAAGCCUCCAUUGUGACCGAGACCGGCGACGACGACGACGAGAACGACGGGUUACGGGGGCAUAGCGCGCAAGCCUUUCAACUCGUCGAGUCGUGGUGCAAGGCCAAUGACGUGGCAUUUCCAAUCGCUGAGAAGAGCAGUCGCCGCGAGAUGCAGAUGGCGCUGGAUCUCAUGCUCGCGUCGAUCGACGAGCAAGACAACCAGCUCUCAAGCGAGAUCCUCGAGCUCGACGCCAAAGUCCAAACCGUCCGACGACCGAGCGCCCGACACGGGCUUCCGUCGCCGUUCCAGAUUCGACUGCCCGAGACUGACACGAGCUCGGUCAGCCACGGAGGCUGUCCGAUCUUGGACACGCUCGUCAUCGUUGGUCCCGACGUUACCGACAUUGCCAUUUGCCCGUCGCUGCUCGAGACGGUCUUUGAGCCGGUCGUGUGCGCCACGUACCCCCGCCCCGCGCAGUUCGAAAGUCUCCAGCACUUUUGCUUUCCUAACGGCAUCCGCGUGCUCUCGGACGCGGACGACGAGAGUUUAGCGCCAUCCUUUUUUCUAUUUGUCUUGUCUGGUGGCGGCGACGUCGGCCAGGACAUGCACUAUGCGAGCUGCCUCGUGCGCUGGCUUCCGCUGCCCAAGGACGUGGCCUUGCAGCCCCACGCAUUGAGCGUCCACGUGCCGAUCGCAUACUGCGUCGUGUCCAAGCUCCCAUGCUGGAGCUUCUACAAGCCGCUCCUGCAGCACCUUCAUGACUUGCACGACGCCGAGCUGGUCGACGCCCCCCAUUUGUGGCAUGACCUUAGCACCGUUGUACCACCCAAGCUCGAACACCUCUUGUCCAGCAAGCUCGGUCAGUUCACGGAGCUUCUGGUGCCACCACCCGGCCAUGUCCUCGACGUUCCGCUCUUCGAGUCGAAUGCGCGCUUGCAUCUCAAGCGCCCCGCGCACCGCCGGAGCCUCGCGCAUUUUGGCCACAAGGAGGAAUGCACGGGGCUGCUCUUGCAGUGGGCGCUGCCGAUCGUGCUGGACUGCGUCUCGAUCGAUACGUUUCUCAUUGCGUGGACGAGUCUUAUGCUUGAAGCCAAAGUUGUCGUGGUCUGCGACGACCUCGAGGUAUUGACGUCGACGGUCCUCGGCCUUGUCUCGCUCCUCUCCCCCCUCACGUGGGCGGGCCCUGUCAUUGCCGUGCUCCCCACGACGCUGCUCGAGUACCUCGAGGCCCCCGUGCCCUUUCUCAUCGGCGUUCAAGAACUCCCGACCCGAUUCCACGAUAUUCCUGGCCUUGUGCGCGUGUACCCACUCGACGACUGUGUGCUCUGGGACGAGCCCGAGACGCUGCCGCAGCACGACAUGCUCGCCGACGAGCUCGGCGCGGUCGUGGGUGUUCACGAGCCAUGGACCGCGAGUGCCGUCGAUAGUUUUGCCCACCAGAUCUACGCCGUCGUCCAGUCGCUCCUAGAGCCGCUCGAACCAACGUCACCACACGCCAUUGCGACCCAGAUCCAGUCGACACAAAUGUACCAGAUAUUGCUCGAGAAGCGCAGUGCGCAUCGCCACUUGCCAGUGCUCCUGGACCCAGUGUCGGAGCCGAACAACAACUACAACCACAGCAAUCACACCACCAACAACCACACCAGCAUCGACAAUCAAGAUGAAGUGCAUUGGAGCGCGUCCCUCGAUGCGUGUACGGCCGGUAUCAUGCAUUUGGCGCUUCACGGGGCGUAUGCACCACCGAGUAUCGAACCCGGACCCUCCAUGUCGGCACUGGACCGCCUGCGCGGGCUCUGCGCGCGGGAGGAGCCCAAGCAUGUGACCGUCGUCAUCAAGAAUGUUGUGGCGCUUCCAUCGCCCAAGCCAAAACCCGUCUCCGUAUCGCAUUCUAUCAACAUCAGCAGCAAUAGCAGUAGCAGUAGCCACAAGGCACCGAUAACGCAGGCGCCCAAGACGCAUCGCUCGGCGUCGCCUAUCAAAGAGCACUUCAAGCCACGCGACAUAGCGCCCAAACCAGACGACCCUGCACCGAUGAAGCGUCGACCAUCGAAGUCAAGCCCGUUCGUCGCUUCAGAAGUGGCCCUCGAGCUAGAAUCCACUCGCGUUGCCGAUGAAGCGUCCUUGCAGCGCGUACCGAGUGUGCGCGAGACCGAGAUCGAGGCGCUCGAGCCGCCUCGGCUCUCGCGAGACGAGUCGAUUCAGCACAUUCAGCGCUGGUGGCGUCGACGCAAACCGUCGGUGCCCACCCCCGUCGCACCCAGCGUGCCAAGGUGCACGCCUGCGCCGGUGAAGCCAUCGCUCUCCCGCCGCUUCUCUGCGCCCCUCGUCUCCACCGGGCACACGCCCUUGUUUUGCACGCCAUUCAACACGCAAAGUGCCAUCGCGCUCCUCCUCGAAGGCGUCGCCGUGCUCAAGUUGAGUCGGCGCCGCCACCACUGGAACAAACGCUGGCUCUUCUGCGACUUCAGCGGUGAACACUUGUUCUGGGAAAAGACCGAGUCCCGGAGCAAGACGACGACAAAAGCUCCGAUGCGCGUGAAUGACAUACUCGAGGUUGCGGUCGGUGCCGAUCGCAAGCCCUCGACGUACCUUCGAACGGUCAACACGCUCUUUGCGACGACGAGCGUGGAGACAGAACUGCUCGUGUCCCCCACGGGCGAGCGACUGCCGCCCGACGACCUCUGCAUCACGCUGCACACAACGCUGGACGACAGUGCGCUCGUGUUCAAAUUCGAGUCGAAAGAGGUGUACGAUCGCGUGUUGGUCGGCCUCCAGGCCCUCUACAAGCAGCAACACAGUGCACCGCCACGCGACCACGAUAUUACGACAAGCAGCGAUCGGUUCUCGACGCGGUCGUCAGAGCCGAUCGACGACGAGCGUGCGACACUCGAGCGCUUUCUUCUCGACCUGAAACGCGGGUUCUGCAUCAAAAAGCACGGACGCCAAGGCGCACCGCACACUCGUAUGCUGCGCUGCGACGCCGAGGUCAAGAUCGUGUCGUGCAUCGAGAUGGAGGGUUCGUCGCCAAUGAAACCGCACCCCUGGCGCAGCCGCAAAGACAAGACGAAGAAGACGAUUCUUCCUAUCGACACCAUCUCGGAUGUUCAUCUAAAGGACGGACAUAGCCCGCUGCGAAACCUCUUGUACGGCCGCGUCGAGUGCAUCGCGAUCGUGAGCUCGGUCAAGACUCUCGUCGUUAGCACUGAGAGUAGCGCCGACCUCGCACGGCUCCUCGACGGCUUCCAGCUCCUCAUCAAAUACUACGGCACGCACACUGUCGGUACCAACACCGGGACCAAAGCCAGCGUCUAA